UUUUUAAAAGGGUGGGGCGUCUUUAUACGUCUCUGUACAACCGAAACCUCAUUUCGCUGCAGCCAUCUUGCCCGGUGCAUCCAGUGUGAAUAAACUCUGAAAUUUGAAUAUUAAGCUUGCAGCAAACCUGGGUAUUUAUCCACCAAAGGUCACAGGAUUGAAUUCUGAAAAGGAUUAUCUGUAGUUUAAGACAAAGUAUGCUUUGUAGUAUGAAAAAUUCGGUGAAAACAUAUCGUCCCGGUGAGAUGUUAUACCCUCUUCUACUUCUCCCGGAAUGACAGCUGAAGCCAUUGGUACCGCCUUUUAGCAGGCAGAGCAGCCAAUCACCGUUCAGAUAACUCCUCAGUCUGUGGACUUUUGGCCGUUGUACGCAGGCGCACGUCAGUUAGUAAGUACCUCACUUUUCACAAGCUCGCAGGAGUGCGAAGAUGGCGGUUGGCCCCAGUCUGCUGGAUGAACUCUUUUCACAGACGGGGGAGAAUAAAGCGGUAGUUUGCUAUCCUCCACGGUCUGUAGAGUCACAGCUGUCCUUGUUUAUUAGUUUGAGUUGGCACGAGGCAGCCGUUAAUUACAUGGCUAUAGUUCCGGGACGGGGGGGUAGCUCGAGCUAAUGUCCAGCUGGGACUUGGUCAAGACGGUUGCUAAAGCAGGUACGCUGUAACUACUAAUAUUGUUUUCCUUAUUUGUUCUCUGAGAACAAACGAGAAGCAAGCGCCGGAGUUGGCAGAGAAAAGCAACAGACGUACAGUAGUCUUCCCCCAUCACAUUCGAGCGUGUGUUUCUCCCGGUUAAACUAGUUGAAGUGCAGAGGGGGGUCUCCGCUUAGCGAGUUCCCAAUGGUUCAGCCAUGGACGCAUCGACAGGCAGCACCGACACCAAAAGGGGACACGAGCCGGGAAAACCACUUGUUGUCGGUGACGGUAUAAGUUUCCCCUCUAACCAGCCGGGGAAAGUAUCUUCAUACCCUGUGCAGACUUUUAAUGGGAGCCAAACUAUGAACUUUCACAAUUCAGGAAGCGUUGCCCCUCUGGAGGGGGCGAAAGCGACAAGUGGCACUGGUAACAACAACAACAGCAGCAGCACUGUGAUAUCAGCAGCGGCUGUCAGCACCGGAGCAGUGCUGUCAAAAGGGCUGACCGGCGUAUCAUUGCCCCCCUCGUCAAACAGUGUCAUUCAGACGCCGCUAAUGAAUUCGGACGGUGUUUCUGUUGCGAGCCAAGCAGCAGGACCCACGGUGACACUUGUCAGGCCGCCUAUGCAAACAGCCGGGUCGGGCACAACUUUGAACGGCAGCAGUACCGCGAGUUCCGCCGUGGCUGCUAAUGCAUUGAAUCAGACGGGUAUUGGCACGCAAAAUCCGCCGGUAAACAAUGGGCAGCCCGUCAGCACAGGUUCGCACAUCAUUAAAGCAGAGCCGCCAACAACGAUAAUCCAGUCAGCACCGCAGCCCGCUGCCGCCGCCGCUGCCGCCGCCGCCCCCAGCUCCAUCAGUGCUCCCAGAUCUCUUGGCAUGGCAGCCGCAGGUGCUCCCGGGAUCACGACCCAGAUGCUGGCUCCCAGGCUCCCACAGACCUCUCCGGGACAGCCCAGUGUACACAACAUCCAGAUACCCCCGGGUAUGGUGCUAGUGCGCAGCGAGAGCGGGCAGCUGUUGGUGAUUCCUCAGCAGACUCUGGCCCAAAUGCAAGCGCAGGCGCAGGGAGGCAUGGUACCUCGGACCACCACGCCAACAAAUGUGUCUGUGGCACAGGCUCCUGGAACUACAAUCAUCAGCCGACAAGUAUCUCCGGGCACCAUCAUCCGACCAGGCUGUCCGCCCCCAGUAUCACUCGCUGCAACCACUGCUCUUCACAGAGCGCCUAUCCUGUCGAGCUCCGUAGGGGCCACAGUGCCAGGACUGGCCCCUAAUACGCUCACUCCAACACCUGGGACCACGGUUACCUCUGUAACUGUGAGCAAAGAGACAAUGGAGAAUGUAAAGAAAUGCAAGAACUUCCUGUCUACACUGAUCAAGCUGGCAUCCAGCGGGAAACAGUCCACAGAGACUGCAGCAACUGUGAGGGAGCUGGUCAAAGACCUGCUGGAAGACAAGCUGGAAGCUGAAGAGUUCACCAGCAGAUUGUACAAAGAGCUUAACUCCUCACCCCAACCAUACCUAGUGCCUUUCCUGAAGAGAAGCCUCCCGGCCUUGAGGCAGCUCACCCCAGACUCAGCAGCCUUCAUCCAGCAGAGUCAGCUUCCUCAGCCGGCCUCGGUGGCCGUCUCCUCCCCCUCAGCCACCUGCACCACGGUGGUCCUGGGCAGCCCCGGCCCCCGCCUCACGACUCCAGGCAGCAGACCCCAACUUCAGCCAACAGUCAGUCAAGGACAGGCGACGUCACUGGUUCUCCAGCCUCAGCAGCAAAGAGCAAUGCUGAGACCUCAGGUAACUUUACCCACAGCCCCCAUGAUGGCUCUGCGGAAUCAAACCCCGGGUCGCAUCAUGGUGGGACAGCAGCAAGUGCAGCUGAAAGAGCUGCAGCCAGCGGUUCAACUGAGACCCGAGGUGACACUUGUUUCCAGGCAAGUCUCCGCCGUCGCCUUGACGCAGGCACAGAAGAACAAGCUGAAAGAAGCGGGUGGCACUUUCAACAGAGAUGACGACGACAUCAACGACGUGGCCUCCAUGGCGGGAGUGAACCUAUCAGAGGAGAGCGCUAACAUCCUGGCAACUAACUCCGGACUCGUCGGCGCAGUGACGCAUUCCUGCAAGGACGAGGCCUUCCUCUCUUACGCCUUGCUGCAGAGGAGAAUGCUGGAGAUCGGUAUGAAGUAUGGCGUCACGGAGCUUGGCACCGAGGUGGUGAAUUACGUCUCCCACGCCACCCAGCAUCGACUUCUGAACUUACUUGAAAAAGUCUCCCAAGUAGCUCAACAGAAAAACAUCAACUUCAAGCAGGAGGAUGACAGCUAUGAGCAGAGCAGCGACGUUCGGGCUCAGCUGAAGUACUUCGAGCAGCUCGACCAACUGGAGAAGCAGCGAAAGGAAGAGCAGGAGAGGGAGAUCCUGCUGAAGGCAGCUAAGUCCCGAGCGCGGCAAGAGGAUCCGGAGCAGCUGCGUCUGAAACAGAAGGCGAAAGAGAUGCAGCAGCAGGAGCUGGCUCAGAUGAGACAGAGGGAGGCCAACCUGACUGCUUUGGCAGCCAUUGGGCCCAGGAAGAAGAAGAAGAACCUGGAUUCUCCAUCCUCAUCUGCUUCAGCUGAGGGGUCCGGAACAGGCUCGUCUUUAACCGGCGCCGCUGGUUCCUCGGGCUCCAGACUCACUCGACAGCGCAUCACGCGUGUCAAUCUCAGGGACCUGCUCUUCUGCCUGGAGAACGAGAGAUUUACCAGUCGCUCUCAUUUCCUCUACAAGGGCUUUCUCAAAUAGCCUUGAUGUUUGAGAAAGAGGGAGAGGCAGAGAGAGAGUAGAACUAGAGGGGGAAGAGGGAGCGAUGUGAGUGGAGAGACCAAAACGCAGCCACUAGAGAAAGACUCCUUUGGGUAAAAAGGAGAGGAGACGACAUAUUUGGUGCAUUUAAAGGUUCUUUAGGUGCACCUGCUAUCAUAAAAUACAAUCGUAGCCAUACUGGAAGGCCUCUCUACCUCCCUCCUCAAGUGAUGCCUCUUUCCUUCAGAGCAGUCGUUGACUAAUGCCCCUUUAUCUGCCCUGUUAAAACCUCCUUUUCUUUCAAGAUGGUGCAAAAGUAAAACGUGUUUUAUGAAGGUUUUAUUUUGUGUGAACAAAAGACAUAAUGUACAAUUGUGCACUGUAUCAUAGUUUGGUUUAUUUUCUGAAUAUUCGUAUGCAAGCUAGGCUUUAAAGCUAUGGAAAUCACUUGUCGUAUUAGACAACCGGUUUGUUUAGGUUUUGUUUUUCUUGAAUGAUGAUCUCGUUCUAGUUUGUGUUGAUUUUUAGUUUGAACUGCAAACUGUGUAACCUGCUGAGUUGCCUUCCUAACUAUGAAUAAGCCAUACAACCAUUCUCACACAAUUAACCCUGCUGUAAGCUCACUCUGUUCAUCUCCAUUACCUUGCAGCAUAUUUAAAAUUUCCAUCGUAUUUAUUUACUAAAAAUCAAAGUUUAAAUUAAUGUUUAGCUAUUUAUUUAUUAUGUGACGCUUCAAGUGUGUUCUAUUGCUUAGAGCUGAAAAAAAAAAACAAAAUUAAAAAGUACAUCCACAAUAGGAUAUGUUUGAAAUGACGUUUUAGAUUUCAGAUGCUUAGAGUUGGGUGUUCUUUAUUUUUAAUCUAUUCUUUAGAUUUAAACUUAAAAUUUCUCAUUUUAAUAGUUUUUUUUUAAGGCUUCUAACCUCUGUUGCUAUACCAAACUUCUUCUUUUUCAAUCUAUUUUUGUAGCCUCCCAACACACAUUUUUACUCCUGUUGCAAACUGACAGCGGUAAUGUGACAUUACUACUUUGGUGUGCUACUGGACAGCCCUUUAGGUCUUUAGCGUCUCUGUCUUAAGAAACUAAAGUUUCUUCCUGUACAUUUGUAAAUGUUUCAUCUAAAGUUUUACAUACGGUUUUGUAUAGAAUUGAAAAUUUACGCAUACUGCAUCAAGAAAAUCUAAAUUUCUCUAUUGAAAAGUUUGAAUAAAGGAUGAUUUUACAUAUUCCA